UCUUCUCAUUUCCCGCUGCUUCACCGCUGUAACACUGUACAACUCUGUACGACAUCUCUCUAGCCAUAUGCCCACUCUGCUCUCGCCGCUAUCCCCAUUCCUAUCCCGAUGAACAGGAAUAAUCCAGCGGGCGCCGCAGCCCGCAAACCUCGUAAGAAACCCAAGGCUUCCCCAUCGCCGGCCGGCCAUUCUCUCCCCACCUCCACUUCUCCAGCUCCCAAUCCAGCUUCUGGUUCCAUGCCCAUGUCAAUCCCAAUGACCAUGGGAGAAAGAGACAGGGAGGAAAGACCGAUCCCGAGACCGUACCUCGCUCUGGCGCCGUCCCCUAUUUCAAGCAUGUCCCCUUCUGCAGCUGAGCGGAUGGUCUUGCCUUCCAAUUUCAUCCGGCAAUCGCAGGCGCAGGCGCAGGCGCAGGGACAUCAAGUACAAACAACUGCAGAAGCCGGUCCGGGACCCUCGACAUCGACUUUGAACAUUGCUGGAUCCAGUGCUCAUCCUCAGGCUCACGCGGAGACUCAAGGGAAAGGGAAAGAGAAAGGAAAGAAGAAACGGACGAGGUACGCUUCAGGUCUCCUUUCCCCACCCGCUGUAGUCCCCGGUGGGACGCCGGGUGUACCCAGAGUUCAAGUGUAUUCGCAACCUGGGAAACGGAGGAGUCGGUCCGCCGCCAACCCCGGUGCUGGUGCGGAAACCGCUGGGACAAGGACGGGAGGCGGAUUGGGAAUGUCAACGGAUGGACCUUCCGCAAGUCGGACGAGGCUUGAUACGCUCCAGACACAUAACCCUAGUCAAAUAUCCCUCGGCCAACUCGGGCAGGUGCUCAAUUCCGAUCCGACAUCUUACGAGACGCCAGGUGAGCCUCCUCAACAGUCGCAACAACAACCCCAGAGGAGGAGAAGACGAGUGGUAACGGGGGAUAAUAAUGAAGAAGGCGGAGGUGUAAGAAGACGGUUGACGGUUAGUUCAAGAGAGGAAGGCAGGGCGUUGGGUGUUGCCAGAGGGGCUAGUAUGAGACGGAGGAAUUUAUGGGAUGAGAUACCAGAGGCGAUCGUCCAGGAGACGGGGGAACCACCACCGCCCUUUCCGUUUCCAAGUUCGUCCAAUAGGUUACCGGGUUUCAAUCCUUCUCAAUCUCCUUCCAGCGAGAGAGGAAGAGGUGGAAAUGGAGGAGAAGGCGAGCAAAAUGAGCAAGAUGAUGGACGGGAAAGACGACCGAGAUCACCACCGCCGAGUUGGGAGCAGGCUGUUGGUUUGGUACCUUUACCUACACCCGCUGCGUCUUCCGGUAACACCGCGACCCCCCGGGCGACCGCCCCACCUGACACGUCUUCUGUACCCCGUCUUAUCAUACCCGAUCAAUCCUAUUCAAUAUCGGUAUCACCUACGUCGAGUCGGUACGAAUCCGCUCCUUCAUCACCGUUCCUCUCCCCCGCAUCUACCAUGGACCCGUCUACUACUUUCCAUCGUCAUCCGCCGGCUAUUGCGGUACCCCCACACUUGCGUUCCGCCCUAGAGUCAACCUCCACCUCUACCUCCACCUCGGCCUUUGUCUCGGCCAACCCUUCUACGGCCCCUUCAACAUGCAGUACAAUCGCGGUCGAUCAAGAUCCAAAUGCGGAUGCCGAUGGGCUUGGGAUGACAGCGGAAGAACGGCUUGAUCGGAAAUUGUGGAAUGCAGAUAUCCUAGCGGGAUAUUCGUUGGAGGAGAGGGUGAGGAGGGAGUGGGAUAGGCGGAAGCUAAGGGAGAGGGAGCAAUCGCAAUCGCAAUCGCAAUCGCAAGCACAGGGGCAAAACGAGGAGGAGGAGGGGGGGCGAGAGGGUGAGCUCGUACAGGGGACAGAGGUGGGAAUGGGGACUCUCUCAGAGAGGCAAGUGUCUGAAGCGACAGACGCGACAGAGAUGAUGGAGGAGGGUCAAAGGGCGGAAGGGGCGGAGACAGCGGAACCCAGACUUUUGAGUCCAAGUUUGGAAAAUGGCUCAGGCUUGGGCUUGGGUUCGGGCUCGGGGUCGGGCUCGCCAACUGUGCGUUCGAGAUCUUUGGAAGGUUGGUCUCCAGAUGUGGAACCGGGAUCCGUAUCCAAACACGAGUAUAAGCACGAGCGCGGGCCCAAGGCUGAACAUCAACUUGGAUCAGAUCCACGACCAUCGCCGCAACUCCAGCACAAUCAAGACCAAAAUCAAGCGCAAGCGCAAGACGCGAAAAAGCAUUCAGAGUCCUCUUCCUCCGAGGUUGGAGCUCCAGCUGAUGCUGGACAGCCCUCUUUCAGCAGGAAGCAGCCUACAAGCACAGGCACAAGCACAAGUAUAGCGCCAUCCACCGCACCGCUAGCCGCACCUUUACUCUCCCCACCAAUAAUUUUGCCGUCUCAUGAGCAUGAGCAUGAGCUGCCGCAACCAUCUACCACCAAGCCCAAGGAAAAAGUGGGGAGGAAGAAAAAUGCUAAUGUCGUUGAUGUUGGCGCAAGCAAGGCUGCUGAUCAGCAGUCAACCGGGAUUGAACUUACCAUUCCCACACCCACACCCACAUCCACAUCUACGUCCACACCCACAUCCACAUCUACGUCCACACCCACUCCUCAUUCGAAAGAAAAAGAAAAAGCACAGGCUGCUCAGACUCAAAUUUUAGAGGAAAAGCAAUCUCUUACUGCAGAACAACCUCCCGAAAGAGUCAAAGAGAAGAAGGAGAAAGAAAAGUCCAAAUUCUCAGCUCCCGAAUUAUCGUCGUCCUUACCAAAGGAGAAGAGGAAAGACAAAAGAGCAAUAGAGAAGAAACCUUCUCAGCCUUUGCAACCUUUGAGACCGCUUUUCCACAAGAUCCCUUGGGGCAGCUCGCCCAACGUCGAUACGGCUGGUGUUGGCGUCACAUCAUCUCAAGACAAGCCCUCCGGUCGUUCCACUCGUCUUGGGGAAAGUGAAGAGAAUGUGCAAGCUGCUGGAGCGUCAUUUGAGAAGAGGAGAGAGAGUGAGGGACUGCAAGGAAGGAGGUUGAAUGAGGAAGUGCAGAGAAGGAAGAGUGAGAAUGAUGUUGGGUUUAGGGUUGGGAGCCCGAGAGAGGCAGGUAAGGGGGAAAAGACGGGAUUACCGCCUAAUAGGGAGGCAGCGUUGAAGCGAAGGGAUUUGCAACUCCCAGCACAGACGCCCAAACUUCAAUCGCGACCGGCUCAACCCCAGGGGUCUACGACGCAAUAUAAAUCUGCCUUGCCACGAUUGACACCACCUGUGGAACAGCCCGUACAAACCGCCAAAUCCAAAGCUGACAUUGCGCCACCUGUACCAGCCAAGGCAAAGGUGGCGGAGGACAAGCAGCCCAAGGAAGAAAAGCUACUUCAGCGCCUCUCAGGACCUUUGGUCGAUAUUGAUGAUCCUGAGCCUAGACUUGUUCCCAAGUUCCAAUCCCAGGCCCCAUCUAGCACCUCCACCACUCAACCUCAAUACCCCCCAAUUACCCAAGUCGGAGUUAAUCAAGAGGCGAAGGGUAAAAAGGAUAAACGUGUUUCUCGAGAGAGUAUAACGGCGCUGGCAGCUUCGUCGGCUGAUCUUUUACAGCUCCUCGAGUCGUCUGCGGAGGAAGAUCCUUCCAACUCUAAUUCGAGCUUGAAGGAUGUGAACCAAUCGAGAACAGAGGAACCUGCUCGAGAUAUGACAGAGGGGACCUUGGGCAUAGAAACGACGCCUAGCCGAGGUCCAUCUUCUCUAGGCGCGAUGGCAGCUGCAACCAAGAAGAAGGUCCCUCCGCCUCCACCACCUCCUGUUUCGAGAUCUAGGUUGCAUUUAUCAAAGUCAAUGGGUACCUUGCGUCCUUCGGAAGGGGUCGAACGGGGGAAACAAGAUGGACAGGCUACUGGUGAGGACGGGACACAGAAUGCACGGGUACCUCGUACUCCUCCCCUACCGCCUCAGUUACCUAAACGACGUCCACCUCCGCCUCCACCGCCUAGGCAUCCUGCGGCUAUCGCCAGACUCCCACCCCCUCCUCCUCCUCCUCAAUCACAAGCAGAACCACGAGCUAGAGCUCCACCUCCGCCCCCGCCACUCCCGCCUCGUCCAAGGCCUUUGAGCGGCAUCUCAUAUCAGACUAUAUCUUCUGUCUCUCAGGUUUCGUCCGCUGGUGCGCCUGCGCACGGGCAAAAAGUUGAUACGGCUCUGCAAGCUCAACGACAAGCACAAGCUCAGGAGCCAGAGGAAGAUGAAGAAGGAGAUCUCCCAGGAAGUGAAAAUGUUUCUCCAGGUCUGGUGAGGCGACCUUUAGGUCCUCGCCCCGCUCCUCCUCCCCGUCCUACUUUACCUUCUCGACUCAGGUUGUUUGGAAAUAACCAAACGAACUCUGGCCAGAGAAUGGAUUCCCGGAUGGCGGAUGUACCUCAGAGUCAGAGACUGGGCCAGGAAGAAAGAGUUGGAGAAAUGGAUAGUGGCUCGAAGUUUGUAGAGCACAUUGAACGAGGAGGGAUCCCACCUCCCCCUCCACCUACUCUGCAAACUCGUGCUCGGGAGACACUUCGACCUACGCCUGUGUCAACCCUCACGCCCACCCCAAUCCCGGCUCUUAGGCUGAACAACUCCACGACAACCAAUGGUUCCCGCCCAUCCCCAGUCGAAAGAUCACAUAGCGAUUUCCCCCCUCUCCCGACCCAGUCUCAGCUGCGGAUACAUCAGAUGAACGAGAGGGAGAGCGAUAAUCGAUGGGCGUCGACUGUUGAUUUAAGGGAGAGGCCUUUAAGUCCUGCGACUUCUGCGACUCCUGUGAUUGGCAGCCGGGGCGCGGGAGAUGGGGAUGAAAGUAGGAUAAGCCCGGUGGAAACGCCUAGACGUGAAGAAGGUGAAGGACCCGGUGUGGGGUUGCACAGUCAAGCACAGGGACAGAGGGGGAUAAGAGAGUAUACGGAUUUGGACCUGUUUGUUUCGAGGUUGGAAGGAAGUGGGCGCGAGUAUGAAGGUUAUUCACAACUAACGACCUUCCUCGGCCCUUCUAAACCUACUGCCGCAUCUCCCGAAGCGAUCUCCACCCUGCUCCCAGGACUCAUCACCAUCGAUUCUCGCCGUACCACGCCACAAGGUAAAGUGAAGCUUAAACUUUCGCUCUUGGGGGUCAGAGUGGGUAAAUGCCCAAUCUGCUUGAGUCAGUUUAGGGGGGGUGAGAAAGGGGUGUUGACACCGACUUGCGUGCAUGCGGCCCAUCAAAGUUGUGCAUUAAGGUGGUUUAGGGAGGAUAGAAGGUGUUUUGUCUGUAGAGAGAUUUUGAAGGAGGAAGAGUAAGGAGUCAGAGUUAAGGGAGAUGGAAGAAUGGAUCAGUUAGAUAUUGUAGCGAUUACUGAGAAAGUGGGAUAGUAUAAUUAGCAUCAUGUAUAUUUUGA